CUUUCACGUCCAGAUAAUACUUCAUCUUGCUUAUUUCUUUAUCCUAUACGUAUUGGAAUGAAAACUCUUACAACUAUUAAUAACAAAGAUUUUAUAGUUACGGUAGUUCAAGAAAACAAUAAUUUUAAGCCUGGUUAUAUUUGUCAAUCAGAUGGAAUUUAUAGUGAUAUAUGUGAAAGUUCAACUAUGGCAAUAACAUCUGUUUAUCAACGUAUAUUUGCUGUAGCAACUAAAUAUGCAGGACCUUUAGUAAUGGGUUUUGAUCAACAUAUAAUUUCAAAUCAAUUACUUUUUGAUAUUACUUUCCGUCCUUUUUCUUUCAAACUUGACAAAAUAAAUCUGUUAAUUUUUGGUAUUGGUAAAUCAAAAAAUUCUGAAUGGAAUUACGGUGGAGAAGAAUAUAAGUCAUUAUUUAUUUGGAAUUAUCAAAAAAGUAGAUCAUUAUUUGUUCAAGAGUUUGAAGAUAACAAGGCUAUA